AAAUUUGGCGAUGUUCAAUCUCACUUCCGCCUUCGGAUUCAGAAAUUAUGCCAACUUUUCUCAGCACAUCAGACAUGCGAGUGGAACCUUGAUUCUCGGGAGCAGAAGACGUCAUGUCGGGUCUGAUUUGAAUCUCGCGAGUCGCCUGCUGAAUGCCAAUCGCAUCGAUCUCCAGUUUAUGUGGCUCGCACUUACGGGGAGGAAAACCCUGCUUCGGAGGUAAUUGUGAAUUCAACUUACAGUCGGGGAAUUCUUCCGACAGAACGCGUGGAAUGCCGCCGGCUGCCGUAGAAGAGUUUCGUCCAAUUUGAAUAAAAGCUCGCCGAGAUUGGGCCACCAGUGGCAUGCCAAUGAGCCGCAGUCGCUGCUACUGGACACUGGAUCGCCAUCCAACAUAAAUAGUUGGCAUCUUCGCUGGGCCAGUACACUCACCAUGGAUCUGCUCAAGAGGCACCUGCUGCUCCUGGCCAUCGCAGCUUACCUGUGCGCCUGCGUUCAGGCCACGAUCACCAUCCAGAAAGUCAAGCCAGCUCUCCCGGAUCCCAGCCAGCUGCUGGCCAAGCUACCGCCUAAGCCGGACUUCCUCAAGGAUCCCUCCAAGCUACUGGCCAAGAUCGCGCAAUCCAAGCCACCUCUCCCGGAUCCCAGCCAGCUGCUCGCCAAGCUGCCGCCCAAGCCCGCCUUCCUCAAGGAUCCCAGUCAACUGCUCUCCGCCCUGCCCGCCAAGUUCGUGAAACCAAAACCUGUGUUCAUAAAGCCGGUAAUCGUGAAGCCGGUGGUGGUGAUCAAGCCCGUGGCGGUUGGUGGAGGUGGCGGUGGAGGGGGUCACGGCCACGGACAUCACGGACAUCAUGGACACCAUGGCAAGAACUAGCUAUAAUAACCUUACAGAAAAGUAAAUAAUUAUUUAAAGUACAACUGUGACAACCUAAAAACCACUUCAUGUAAAAAGUUUAAUAAAAUCUAGUGAUAUGCUUAACAAAA